AUGCAGAACAGUCACAGCGGAGUGAAUCAGCUUGGUGGUGUCUUUGUCAACGGGCGGCCACUGCCGGACUCCACCCGGCAGAAGAUCGUAGAACUAGCUCACAGCGGGGCCCGGCCGUGCGACAUUUCCCGAAUUCUGCAGACCCAUGCAGAUGCAAAAGUCCAGGUGCUGGGCAAUGAAAACGUGUCCAACGGAUGUGUGAGUAAAAUUCUGGGCAGGUAUUACGAGACUGGCUCCAUCAGACCCAGGGCAAUCGGAGGUAGUAAGCCCAGAGUGGCCACUCCAGAAGUCGUAAGCAAAAUAGCCCAGUAUAAACGGGAGUGCCCGUCCAUCUUUGCUUGGGAAAUCCGAGACAGAUUAUUAUCCGAGGGGGUCUGUACCAACGAUAACAUACCCAGUGUGUCAUCCAUAAACAGAGUUCUUCGCAACCUGGCUAGCGAAAAGCAACAGAUGGGCGCGGACGGCAUGUAUGAUAAACUAAGGAUGUUGAACGGGCAGACCGGAAGCUGGGGCACUCGCCCUGGUUGGUAUCCUGGGACUUCAGUACCAGGGCAACCCACGCAAGAUGGCUGCCAGCAACAGGAAGGAGGGGGGGAGAACACCAACUCCAUCAGUUCUAACGGAGAAGACUCAGAUGAGGCUCAGAUGCGACUUCAGUUGAAGCGGAAGCUGCAAAGAAAUAGAACAUCUUUUACCCAAGAGCAGAUUGAGGCUCUGGAGAAAGAGUUUGAGCGGACCCAUUAUCCAGAUGUGUUUGCCCGGGAAAGACUAGCAGCCAAAAUAGAUCUACCUGAAGCAAGAAUACAGGUAUGGUUUUCUAAUCGAAGGGCCAAAUGGAGAAGAGAGGAGAAACUGAGGAACCAGAGACGACAGGCUAGCAACACCCCUAGCCACAUCCCUAUCAGCAGCAGCUUCAGCACCAGCGUCUACCAGCCAAUUCCACAGCCCACCACGCCUGUUUCCUCCUUCACGUCAGGUUCCAUGUUGGGCCGGACAGACACCGCCCUCACCAACACAUACAGUGCUUUGCCACCCAUGCCCAGCUUCACCAUGGCAAACAACCUGCCUAUGCAACCCCCAGUCCCCAGUCAGACCUCCUCGUACUCCUGCAUGCUGCCCACCAGCCCGUCAGUGAAUGGGCGGAGUUAUGAUACCUACACCCCUCCGCACAUGCAAACACACAUGAACAGUCAGCCCAUGGGCACCUCGGGGACCACUUCAACAGGACUCAUUUCACCUGGAGUGUCAGUUCCCGUCCAAGUUCCCGGAAGUGAACCUGACAUGUCUCAGUACUGGCCUCGAUUACAGUAAAGAGAGAGAGUGUGAUGGAGAGAGGAAAUUGUGUUCA